CGCACGCCAACCAAACGUUGUCGACCCUCACCCGCAACUACAGUCCACAAUAGUAUACAAUUAUAAAUUGUUGUAAUACCAUGCUCAUGCGGACGAAUGUCAAUCCGUAAUCCGUACACCGCAGUGUCGUAGUCUAUUAACUGUUGUAACUUGCACUUAGAAGACGUCCUCGUUGGGUACUUACGGUGAAACGUUUUGGGUUUUGCGCGGUAGCGUCAUCCCCUGUCCACUGACGACGUUGCAUAUUGUCUGCGUUCUACGAUAGUACAACUGUCAUUGAUAAUUUAUCGUCGUUUUCGUGGUGUCGACGAGGACACACGAUCAAUGAUAUCUCAAUAACUGUAAUACCCGUUAGUAUUGUCUUUACUCUGCAACCGGAUCUCCGUGCCGUUCAGUCGUUCAGUGUGUUUGUUCGCGCGUCCGUGACAUUUACUAGUAUAUUUACUACGGCCGUCCUCGGCGUUUCUCGAUUCCUUUUGACCAGAAGAAUAAUAAACCAUGAAAUACAUUUUGGUCACCGGCGGUGUCAUGAGCGGCGUGGGCAAAGGCAUCAUCGCCUCGUCCAUCGGCACGCUUCUGAAAUCCUGCGGCGUCCACGUGACGUCCAUUAAGAUCGAUCCGUAUCUGAACAUUGACGCCGGGACAUUCUCACCAUACGAACACGGUGAAGUAUAUGUGUUGGAUGAUGGUGGCGAAGUUGAUUUGGAUUUGGGAAACUAUGAACGAUUUCUUGAUGUCACUUUGCAUAGCCAGAAUAACAUUACGACUGGCAAAAUAUAUCAAGAAGUCAUCAAUCGUGAGAGACGUGGCGAUUACUUGGGAAAAACUGUCCAAGUUAUACCCCAUAUCACUGAUGCUAUACAAGAAUGGGUUGAACGUGUAGCCAAACAACCAGUGAGCGAUGAUAAAGUAGAACCUGAUGUUUGUGUUGUUGAACUUGGUGGUACGAUUGGUGAUAUAGAAAGUAUGCCAUUUGUUGAAGCUUUUAGACAGUUUCAAUUUAAAGUAAAAAAAGAAAAUUUUGUGUGUGCGCAUGUUUCAUUUAUUCUUCAGCCUGGUGCAACUGGAGAUGAUAAAACAAAACCAACUCAAGCCAGUGUUCGUGAACUAAGAGGUUUAGGUUUAACACCUGAUCUUGUUAUUUGUAGAAGUACUAAACCAUGUUCUAAUGUUGAACAAGUUAAAAAAAAAAUAUCGACUUUCUGUGAUGUAGCUUCAAGACAAGUAUUGUUUAUGCAUGAUUUGGAUUCAAUAUAUAAAGUGCCUUUAUUUAUGGAAAAUCAAGGUGCUUUAGAAUUUUUACAAGAUCGUUUAAAUUUCCCUAUAAAUGCAGCUUAUAAUCGGAUUUUUAUGAAACAGUGGAAAAAACUAUCUGACAAAAUUGACAACUCUCAAAAAAUUAUAAAAAUAGCUUUAGUUGGUAAAUAUACACAACUUACUGAUGCAUAUGCAUCAGUUUCUAGAUCUAUGAUUCACGCUGCUGCUCAUAUCAACCAUAAAGUGGCUAUUACAUAUGUUGAAGCUGCAAAUCUUGAAAUAGAAACUAAAUCAACAAAUCCAGUUGAUUACCAUGAGGCAUGGCAAAAAUUAUGCCGUAGUGAUGGCGUAAUUGUACCUGGAGGUUUUGGUACUAGAGGUGUUGAGGGUAAAAUAGAAGCAUGUAAAUGGUGUCGAGAAAAUCGUAAACCAUUCUUGGGAAUUUGCCUUGGUUUGCAAGUUGCUGUUAUUGAAUUUGCCAGAAAUGUAUUACACUUGGAAAAUGCUGAUACUACUGAAAUAAAUUCUAAUGCCAAAGAUCCAUUAAUAAUCGAAAUGCCUGAACAUUGUCCUGAAAAUAAAGGUGGCACAAUGAGGCUCGGUAAAAGAACAACAGUCUUUAAAAAAGAAAAUUCAUCUAUUAUACAUAAACUCUAUGGUGGAUUUGAAACAAUUGAAGAAAGGCAUCGUCAUCGAUACGAAGUUAACAUUGAUUAUGUAGAACGUCUAGAAAAAGCUGGUUUAAAAUUUGUUGGAACAGAUACAGAAAAAGUUAGAAUGGAAAUAUGUGAACUUGAUGAUCAUCCAUAUUAUGUGGCCACACAAUUCCAUCCAGAAUAUUUAACCAGGCCUUUGAAACCAUCGCCCCCAUUUUUAGGUUUAAUGUUAGCUUCGAGUGGCAAACUUAAGUCAUAUCUGAGUAAUGAAUGUCGUUUUACUCCAGACGAAAGCUGUUCAGAGGAUGAAUGCAAUGAUAUGUCAUUCAAACUACAAGAUCUUGAAGUGUCACAUUCGAGUAACAAUAAUAAAUCUGUAUGAGAUUCAGAUUCUAAACUAUGAUUCAAAUUUAUUAUUUUUUCUACAUUUGUUUUUAUUAUUUACACUUGUAACCAUUCAUUAGUACAACCAUUAAAUUGUUUAUUAAUUUUUGCUUUAUUCUGAAUAUUGAAUUUUAUUAUUUUUGUAAUA